GUGGAGAUGGCUGCACUUGAUCUGGAGAACCCCAGACUUCUUUGACCGUGUCCCGGACCAGGACCGACCCCGCGACAUCCGGCUGUCACUUUAUAUUCCCCAUGUUCAUUCACAUAGUCGCAUCAAUAUACGCAAACUCCAGAGUUCAUUGCAUCACCACUCCACUCAAUAAUCGACCCCGAAAGCAGAAUCAGAGUCGCCAUGGGCAGCAUCGAAUCCCCCCCCUUCACCCACAAAAAUGACCACCUCGACUACGACGUCCUGAUCAUCGGCGCGGGCCUCAGCGGCAUCUACACCCUGCACCAGAUGCGCACAAUGGGUCUGCGUGCAAGGGUGCUAGAAGCCGCUUCGGGGCCCGGAGGGACGUGGUUUUGGAACAGAUAUCCCGGUGCUCGCUUCGACUCGGAAUCCUACUCCUACGGCUUCUCCUUCGACCAGGAGGUUCUAGACGAAUGGUCCUGGAGCGAACACUUUGCCGCACAGCCCGAAACACUCCGAUACUGCGAGUUCCUCGUCGACAAGUUCAACCUCCGUCCCGGGAUGCAAUUCAACACACGAGUCACAGCGGCGCACUACCAAGACGCGUCCAAAUCCUGGCUUCUCACCGACGAGCGCGGGAGCACAUACUCCAGCCGGUGGCUCGUGACGUGCAUGGGGAUUCUGAACGCAUAUACGCUGCCGAAUAUCCCUGGCGUGCAUGAUUUCAAGGGGCUGGCGAUCCAUACGGCGCGGUGGCCACAUGAGCCUGUAAACUUCGAGGGGAAGAGGGUGGGGAUUAUUGGGACAGGCGCGACGGGGAUCCAGACCAUUCAGGAGGUGGCAAAGACGGCGGGGCAUUUGACCGUCUUCCAACGGACGCCGAAUUGGAGCGCACCAUUGAACAACGGGCCCAUUUCCCCGGAGGAGAUGGACGAGAUCCGGAAACGGUACCCCGAGAUCUUUCGCCGGUGCAAGGAGUCGUACUCGUGCUUCAUCCACAAGAGUAACCCCGCGAGCGUGUUUAGUGUAUCAGAAGAGGAGAGGGAGAAGUUCUGGGAGGCGCUGUACCAGACGCGCGGGUUCGAGAAGUGGCUGUCGAAUUUCCAUGAUAUCAACACGAACCGUGAGGCAAAUCGGUUGUAUUCGGACUUCAUUGCCAGGAAGAUCAGGCAGCGCGUUAAGGAUCCCAAGACGGCCGAGUUGUUGAUUCCGAAAUGCCACGGCUUCGGCACCAAACGGGUCCCGCUCGAAUCCGGGUACUUCGAGACCUACAACCGGCCCAACGUGUCCCUCGUCGACGUCAAAACAGACCCUAUAGAACGAAUCACGCCAUCCGGCAUCAAGACCCGGGAUAGUGCGUACGACCUCGACAUCCUCAUCUACGCGACGGGCUUCGAUGCCGUGACGGGCGCGUUUAGCGCAAUUGAUUUCCGCGGCAAGGGAGGCGUGAAAUUAUCUGAGAAAUGGAGUGAAGGCCCGAAAACUUUCUUGGGCCUGUUUUCCGAAGGCCUGCCGAAUGCUUUGUACUGCAUGGGCCCGCAUCAAAUGUUUGGCAACUUUCCUAGGAGUAUUGAGUACGCCAGCCAUUGGAUCGCCGAGUUUAUCCGUUGGGCGAGCCAGAAGGGGGUUACGUCUGCGGAAUGUACAAAGGAGAAAGUCGAGGAGUGGACGGAGCAUGUGCAUACAUGCGCCGAGGGCCUACUGGCCAACGAGGUGGACUCGUGGAUGACCGGGGUCAAUAAGAACCUGGCGCAUAAGCAGAAGCGGAUUAUUGCGCGGUAUAACGGGCCUGCUCCCGGGUAUAGAGCGAGGGCGGACGAUGUUGCUGCGAGGGAGUAUGAGGAUUUGGUGAUUACAUAUGAUUAACUAGGAAGCGUUUUUACUGUUUGAUAUCAAGUUCUGGCGUUGGUGGGUCUCUGAAUAAAUUCAUGAUACAUUGAGAAGAUCCGAAAACUACGUGAAUAGGUUCAUAUCUGACAAGGUGUAAUCACCAAACAAGUCCUGAAACUGGACCAUUGUCUCAAAGUCCUCGAAGAAGAUCUCGUCGGUAUGCGGGACCAG